AUGGCUGAGCCUUUACCUAAAGAUUUCCAUUUCCCGACCAUCAAACCCUACACAGGGUCGGCGGAUCCUGGGGAUCAUCUUAACAGAUACGAGGCCGUCAUGAUGAUGAUCGGAGUAAACAACACCAUCAUGUGUCGCGCAUUCUGCGCAACUCUGGACGGUCAGUCCCAAGACUGGUUCGGGUCCAUAUCGGAGGAAUCCAUCCCCACAUUUGCGAUCCUAACGAAGAGGUUCUUAUCACAGUUCGCCGAGAGUAUGCAUCGAAAGAAACAGUUCGCAGAUCUAUGCUACUUAAAACAACAAAGUUUGGAGACAUUGGUAGAGUACCUGAGCAAAUGGAAGAAGGAGGCCAUGGGGGUGGCUAACUUCGAUGACAAAUCGGCCAUCCCGUUCUUCAAAAACAACCUCAGGUCCGACCCUUUCCACAGCGACCUCCUCCGGAAUGAGCCGACGAAGUACGUGGAGCUGAUGGACCGUGCGUCGCGGUAUGCCAAUGCAGAGAUAGAUGAGAGGAGGAAGAAUGAGAAGGAGGAAGGUCGAGGGGAUAUGGGCAUCAUGGAGUUCCCUGAUGAGUGCAUGAAAAUCUCCUCCAAAGCCGACCCCAAGAAGUAUUGUCGCUUCCAUCGGCAGCAUAGACACGAGACAGACGAGUGUAUGGUCCUCAAGAGACAAAUCGAAGAGCUCAUCCAGCAAGGGUACCUCGGCUAG